CAAUGUUAAAUCCACUUUUAAAUUGAUACGUUGAAUUUUUAUUAAAUUUUUUUAUGUAGGAGGAAAAUUAAAUAAAUAUCUCAAUAAACUCUAAAAUGUUUGACGUUUUAGGCUUAACUUGUCCGAACUAUGACAGCAAAAACAAAAGUAAAUUUCCCAAAAUAGUUUAUAAAAAUUAUGUCAAGAUUGCUGUCCUGACUUCGCUGUUCUGGUUAGCAACAGCCGCCCUGGUUGCCCACUUUUUCCUGUCAGAUGGUUUCAACAACGGUCUGGAUUGUACGGAGCUUAGGAGGAGAGCAGAACUCUACAACCAACAUAAUUUUCAAUAUCUUGGUCAGAGGGUGGCCUCCAGUUUGAAGGACUACCCCGUCGUUCAUGUCCAGGACUUUGGUGAUUGUAAUAAACAGCCUGCAGUGAAGAAAAAGGCAGCCUCAAAAGUAGACCAGUUCAUCCAUCCAGGCAAUCGAGUGGGCAGGGAAGCAGUGAGGCCCCCACCAUCGUCAGCGUCGACCGGUGACGAGGAUGACCGCGCCGACCUGCACGAACACACCGAGUACGACGACAAGAGCAUCGAUCGAAGUCAGCUGCCCGACGACGGACUCCAUGAACCUGGACACAACGGCGCGCCUGUGGUUGUCCCACCUGAGCUUGAGGCCGAGGCGAAGGAAUUGUUCAAGAUCAACCAGUUCAACCUCGUGGCCAGUGACAUGAUGUCGCCCAAUCGAACUCUGCCUGAUAUCAGGAACGAAGCUUGCAAAGCGAAGAUCUACCCUAUAGACGAGCUGCCUGACACGAGCAUCAUCAUCGUCUUCCACAACGAGGCCUGGUCGACCCUCAUACGAACCCUCUGGAGCAUCAUCAACAGGUCACCCCUGCAACUCAUCAAGGAGAUCAUUCUCGUCGAUGACGCCAGUGAAAGGGAUUACUUAGGUAGCAGGUUGGAUGAAUACAUAACCCACCUGCCAAUCCCGACCUACCUGGAAAGGAUGGGUACCAGGAAUGGCUUGGUCAGAUCCAGGUUGAGAGGUGUGAGCAGAGCCACAGGUCAGACCAUCACAUUUCUGGACGCGCAUUGUGAGUGCACCACCGGCUGGUUGGAACCACUGCUCUAUCAAGUGCACAUUGAUAGGAAGUCUGUCAUAUCUCCACUAAUUGACGUCAUUGUUGAUUCCAACUUCGAGUACAGAUUAGUUCCGGACUUAUUGGCGGGUUUCGAUUGGAAGGUGCUGUUUGACUGGGCCAAGCCGAGACCAGAGGAGAUUGAGAGAAGGAAGGAUGAUGCCACCAUGCCUUUCAGGACACCAGCGAUGGCCGGUGGGCUCUUCACCAUGGACAAACAGUACUUCUACGAGAUUGGCUCCUACGAUGAACAGAUGAACAUCUGGGGCGGGGAGAACCUCGAGAUGUCAUUCAGAUUGUGGCAGUGUGGCGGGCAGGUCCUCAUCUCCCCAUGCUCGAGGGUAGGGCACGUCUUCAGGAGCAUCUCCCCCUACACCUUCCCCGAGGGCACGGACAAGACGGUCCUGACCAAUCAGAUGAGGACCAUGGAGGUCUGGCUGGGCGAUCAUAAGAAGUUCUACUAUAAGUCCAAUCCGGCUGCAGCCAUCUAUGAGGUUGGCGACCUGACUGAGAGGCUGAAGUUGAAGGAGAGGCUGAAGUGCAAGAACUUCGUCUGGUACCUCGACCACGUCUACCCCGACUCGCCACUCCCCAGGAACUUCUACUCCGUCGGGAAGGUGGGUGGUGGUGGUUGUGGCUAG